AUGUCCUGGUCACUGACAGUGGGCACCAGAUCACCUAGCAUUCUCGACUCUAAUGAAGAGGAGAGGGUCCAAGGUGCCCUCCUCAUUCAGAAAGCUUGGAUGUUCGCCUUGCUAGUGCAUGCAGAACCGCCAGCUGCGACAGUUCAGGACUGGCCCGUGCAGGCCCGAGGACGUGCAUUCCAAGAGCAGCUCUCGAGCUUUGUUCGAUUUCUGAGGCCAACUAUCACUCGAGUUCUGAGCGCUUCGCCUACUGGACGUGUCCACAUUUCUCGGGAAGGAGCGCCUCUCUCUGAGGCUAUUGCUUUGCUGCUGCUUGCCGCAAGUCACCACUGGUGCCAAAAGCCUUAUGAGGACAAAACAUUCAAAAUCCCCAACACUGGUACUGCAGAUAGACUGCAGAGUCUUAGAGCUAUUAUAAAGACUACAUCCAGUAAGAAGACCCUAGACCCCUUAAAAGAGCUGAAAGAGAUCAAGGAAGGACAAGUUCCACUUCCUCCAGAGGUUCCUGACUGCAGGAGUAACCCACUGAGCAGGGAACCCAGACCAUCUGCCUUGCCUCCUGCCACUAGAAAAAGAGUGGCCUCAACUUCUGUGCACAGACCUUGGAAGGUGCAAAGAAGCCUGGAUAUGUCUACUGUGUUUAAAGAACCUAUGGACUUCGAUCACUGGAGCACCAGAGUAUCUGCAACAUCUCCAAGAACCUGUGCUGGAGAUGCCAGUGAAAAGGUCAACGAGGAUGACACAGUGCCUGGGCCGUCUUCUGCUAACUCUUUCAUUGACCAACGUGGACUGGUAAUUUCCCCACAUUUUCAAGUGUCCCUGCAAUCUUCCUCCCCUAUUCAAGGAGGUCUGGGAUCUUCCACUUCUUCCCAAGAUGCUCAGGGACUAUGUCGAUCUACCCAAGAGGUUCUGGGAGAAACCCAUUGUGAUCAAGGGUCUAUGGGACAUUACAUAUCUUCCCAGGCAUCCCAGAAACCUCCCCCUUGUGAUGAAAGGAAAAUCAAACAUGUCUCCCUUUCCAGAAGGGGUUUCAGAAGUCCAUCCUCUAGCCAAGGGGUCAUCAAUCAUUCCAGUUCUCCACCAAAGAGUUUUAGACAAGCCCCUUCUGAUCAAGGGGGCCUACAUAAGGCCCCAUUAGGCAAAGAGAGAUCCAAAUGUGUUUCUACAAAAUGGGUGCUCAGUGAUUUCUCAUUUUCCCAAAAUGGAAUGUGUCCUACCCUCUCUCCCCAGGGGAGUUUAACACCUUUGACAGCUGCCAAAGAUGGUUGGAGAGAUAUACCCUCUCAUGAAGAGAGCCAAGGAUAUUUUCCAUCUCCCCAGAAUGACCCUAAACAAUCCAUAGCUGCUGAAGUGAGCUUGAGUCCUGCCUCCUCUGACCAAGGGAAUUUUAUAACUUCCCCAUUAAAGCAAGAGGGUUUUAAAUGUCCUCCACCAGAAAAUGGGCUCAGGUCUUCCCUUACAGCACAGGGGGAACCAAGCCCUAUGACUACUCCCCAAUUGAGCCUCACACCACUCAUGCCUACCCAAGCAGAAACAAAACUAUCUACAUCUACAUCAGGGAUUCAAGAACCUUUGCCAUCUUCAGAAGGGGCCCUAGAGAGUUCCACAUGUUUACAAGAGAUGCUAGGAACUCCCAAGUCUACCCAAGGGACCUUUCUACCCUCUCAACAUACACAAAGGUCUCUAGCACCUGCAUCAACUUCCCUAGGGGUUCUGAGUCCUCCUGUAUCUGUCAAGAGGACUCCAGAAUUGUCUACAUCUAGAGAAGAGGGUCAAAGACCUAUUCUCUCUCACAAAGAGAAAUUCAAACCUAAUCCAAAUAUGAAAAUGGACAGUGGAUAUUGCCACUGUAGCAAAAAGAGAAGGACAGAUCCUCCUUCUGAGCAAGGUGGAUUCCCAGUGUCCCUAUCAUACCAAGAGGGCUUUAAAUAUACCCGGCCAACCAAAAAGGCCCUUCUGAUUCAUCAUCAGAAACAAAAUAGCCAAAGAUAUGCCAAGAGAGCUCAAGUGAGCCAUGCACGCUCCACAACUACCCAGGGUACUAAGACAAUACAGCCUUCUCUUCUUCCCCAGGGGUCUCUAGGACUUUCCACAUGUGUAGGAGAGGCUCUUGAAAUUUCUACAUAUACACCAGGAUUAACAGGUCAUUUGCAACCUGCCCAACACUUUUUGGGUCCUACCAUAUGUGAUAAAGGGACUGUGGGGCAGGAUACAUCUGCAGAAGAGGUUCCAGACUCAUCCCAAUCCUUAGAAAUGGCUCUUGGAUGUCACACAUGUACACAAGAAUUUGUAGCAAAUUUCACAUUGAGAGAAGGGGAUUCCUUAGAUUCUACCUGCCCACAAACACCCGUAGGACCUCUCCACUCUUUACAGGAAGCUGUGGAAAUUUCUCCAUCUCCUCAAGGGUAUCAGCAAUCUGUCACAACUACACAAAAGGCUAUAGGCUAUUCCCCAUCUGCACAAAGGGAUGUUAGUCUUUCUACAUGCCCACAAGUGACUCAAGAACAUCCAACAAAUACCCCAAAGGUUCUGAAUUCUACCUUAUCUUCCCAAGGGCCCUUGGAAUCUGUUUUGUCCAUCCAAUUGUCUCUAGAACCUAAUGUCUCUAUACAAAAGUCUUUGUCAUCUUCUUUACCUGAAGAAAGUAUUCCUGAAACUUGCACAUUUACACAAGGAGCUCCAGUUACUUCCUUAACUGCCCAUGAGGAUUUUAGACCUACUACAUAUGCACAGGAAACUUUAGGAGAUACCACACCUACACAGGUUCUAGAAACUUCCCCUCAUUCUGAAGCUGUAGUAAAACAACACACAUGUACACCUGACACAGUAGCACUUUCCCCUUCUGAGCAAGAGGCCCUAGGAUCUACCAUAUCUGAAGAAGGUACUUUACCAUCUUCUCCAUCUACACAAGAGAGUUUCAUGCAUAUCCCUUCUCAGGAGGGAAUUAUUAAACAUCCUUCCUCUACCCAAGUAUACCCUGGACAUUCCAUUUCUACCAAAAAGAGGUUGAGAGAUGAUCCUUCUGAUGAAGGGGAUUUCGGAACUUCCUCAUCUGAAGAAGGCAGUUUCAUAUUUUUCCCUUCCUCAAAAAGGAUAUAUGUAUCUUUAACUGCUCUGAAAGAAACAUUGAUCACUACAAGUACUCCUCAGGUAAGCCCCAUGCCUUCUAUAUCUGUCCAAAAGGCCCUGCAAUGUUCCUCAUCUGAACAAAAAACUGUGGAGCCUUGCCAUUCUAACCAAGGGCCUCAUGGACAUUCCAUAUCUUCCCAAGAGGCUCAAGGCCCUUCUCUGUCUGUCCCAAAGGGUCUAUGUUAUUUACCAUCUGUCCCAGGCCUUCAGGGACAUUCUCCAUCUCUGUCAAAGGCUCCAGAAAAUUCUACCUAUACCCAAGGGGAUCUGUCAAUUUCUAAAUCUGAGUUGGGAGACUUGAAAUCUUCCUUAUCUGCCAAAGGGUCUAAGGGAAAGGCCAAAUGUAAACAAAAACAUCUUGAACCUUUGCCAUUAGCACAAGAGGACCUGAUACUUCCUACAUCCUCCAAACCAUCUAAAGAUCCUCAUUCUUCCUCCUGCCUUCUUGCUGCAGAACAUUUUCCAUCUCCCUCUGGGUCUCCAGUGCCAUCAACAUCUAAGCAGUGGUAUCUAGGAACUUCACCAUCUUGCCAAAGGUUUCUUGGACAUUCAUCAUCUGCCCCAGGGGCCCUGUGUUGUUUCCAGGCUGCCCAUGGAGCAAAAGAACUUUUGUCAUCUGCCCAAGAGCCUCAGGAAAGUUUUCUACCUUCAUUAAGUUAUUCAGAACAUUUGCCCAACCUCCCAGGAGAUCAGGAAGAUUCUUCACUAGAACAAGAGAUUUUAGAAAAUGUCUUUCCUGCUCAGGGCUCUCUGGAAACUUUAUGCUCACCUGGGGUGUCUUUACAAAGGCCCUUGUUGUCCCUACAAAGGCCUUUGGAACUUUUCAUACCUACUCAGGAGAGUGCUGGUACUUUGCCAUCUACCCAAAAGGCUCUGGGAUCUCUUUUAUCUUUAUCAGGCAAAGUAGGAACUUCCCAAUCUGCACAAGGGUUGCAAAGAUUUCUACUAUCUACACAUGAAUAUCUGGAAAAUUCCUCUUCAGCCUUUGUGCCUCUUGAGCACUUACCAGUGGCUCCAAAGGCUCGGGGACUUUCAACUCUGUCUCAGGAAAAUCCUUCCCCAUCAUUGCCUGUUCAUGGAAUUUUAGAAUUACCUCAAAAUGGCUCAGUGGCCCUACCAUCAAAGCCAUAUAUACAAGGGCUUCAGGGAAGUCUCUCAUCCUCAGAAGGUAGUAUAGCACCUGUGCUCUCAGUCCAGGGGUCUGUGGGACAUUCCCUAUCUGUGCAAGAACCUAUAGAAAUUUCCAAGUCCACAAAAGCAACUCCAGGGCAUUCUCUGUUUGCUCUAGAUGACAUGUCACCUUUCAUGUCUUUCCAGGGGACCCUAGGACAAUUGUCCUCUGUGGAAGUGGAUGUGGGGACAUAUUCACACAACACAGGAUCUCCAGGACAAUUGAAAAAUAUCCCAGAAUAUAUGAUAACUGAUCAAGAUUCUGUUGUAAUUUUCUCACCGGCACAAGGAACUCUCAGACAUUUGCCAUUUGCUCAAGGGGAUGUGGGACUUCCCCUGUUUGCCCAACAAGCUCCAGAACUGUCCACAUGUGGAGCAGCAAAAGUGGCUCUGGUAAACCCAUCAUCUCCCAAAGGAGCUACUGCACAUUUUCAGUGUGCCCAAUAUGCUUUAGAACAUUUGCCACCUAGCAAAGGAGCUCUUGAAUAUUCUUCAACCCAUCAGGGGACUCAAGGAAGUUUGAAAUCUUCCCAAGAGGCUCUUGAAAUUUUGUCAUCUAACUCUGAACAUGUCAAAAAUUCUCUUUCUGUCACAGGUGGUCUGGAAUCCUCUCCACCUGGUCCAAGGGUUCUUGAACAUAUGCUAGCUGACAAACAGCCUGAACAACUUUCUAUAUCUACACAGGGGUCUCUGGGUAAUUCACUAUCUACUCAAGAGGCUCAAGAACAUUUUGCACCUUCAAUGGGAAAUUUGAAACCUUGCCAAUACACCAAGGAGGAACUCAAAACUUUGAUACCUUCACAAAUUGUUCUGGAAAGUGUUCCAAGUAUUUCAGAGGAUCUAGGAGCUUUAUCAUCUGCUCUAGAGCAUAUGGGACUUUCCUCAUUAGUAAAUGAGUCACUAGAGAACUCCCAAUCUGCUGAAAGUGUUGUGGAAUCUUCUUCUGCCACAGGAGCUCUAAGAGCUACAUUAUUUGUCCAACAGUCUUUGGAAAAUUCUUUACCUGGAAAAGGGAUUAGGGAAACAUUAUCAUCUUCCCAAGGUGCUUUGGAAAUAUUCUCACCUACAAAAGGGAGAGUUGAAAAUGUAUCAUCUCCUGAAAGGUCAGUGAAACCUCCUAUUUCUUUACAGGAGGCUUCAAGAUCUUCUCCAUUGAUCCAUGGCCCUCACCAAGGGCCUCUAGGACCUUCCCAAACUAACUCUGGAAUUCAAGGACCUUUAUCAACUCCAGAGGCUGGAGGAAAUUUAUCAAGGGAACUAGGUACUUGGAAAUCUUGCCCAUUGAUCCCAGAAACUCUAGAUCAUUUGCAAUCUACUGAAGGACCUGAUGAUCUGUCCAUAUCAGCACAUGGAAUGUUUGAUCCUUUACCAUCUACCCAAGGGACUCUGGGACUUUUGGUAUAUUCUCCAGGGCUUAUGGAACUAUCAGAAUCAGAACAUAAGAAACUUGAGCCUGUGUCAUAUGUGGGGAAAGAUGGAGAAAUUUCUCCAUUUGAGAAACCAGCUAAAUCAACUUCCCCUUUGGCUCCAUAUUUACCUUUUGUCACAGAGGUUUUGGAAUCUUCCUCAUGUGGUCUGGGAUCUCUGGGGUCUUUUUUAUCUUCCAGAGAAGAUGCAAAAGGUACUCCCUCUGCACCACAUGCACAGAAACCUUCUUCAUCUACUUCACAGGCCCUAGAACAUUCUGUAACUACCCAAGGGCCUCUGCAAAUUAACACACCUGAUGAACAGACUCUGUGCCCUUUGCCAUCUACAGUAGAUGAUAUAGAACACUCCAUUUUUUCUAGAGGGUUUCCAAGAGGAUCCCAAAUUCUCCCAAAUGUUCCUGACCAUCUGUCCAGUAUAGGAGAGUCUGAGGAAUUUUCUCGCUCUGCUCCAGGAACUAAAGACAUCCUCUUACUUGCUCCAGAGCCUUUAGAACAUUCCUCCUUACAAAAUGCAACUCAAGCCACUUCCCCUUGUCUUCAGGAGGUGGUUGGAUCUUUGAUAUCUGAACAAGGGUCUUUAGGACGGUCUCCAUCUGCUCAUGGUUCUUUGGAACCAUUGGCAUCUACACUAGGAGCUGAGGGACCUUCCGUAUCUGAAGCAGAUACUAUUCAGCUAUCUGCAUCUGCACCAGUGACCAAAGCACAUUUGACAUCUUCCCUUGGGCCUUCAGCAUCUAAAUAUUAUGACCAGAUGGAGGUGCCAUCUCGCCAUGGAGAUCUUGAAGCUUCUCAGUCUGAUCAAAGGACUCUGGAAAUGACCAAGUUUGCAGAAGGGGCUCUAGAAAAUUUAUCAGUUGCUCAAAGAACUACAAAACUUUCAACUCGUUCCCAGAAGGCUAAUACAUCUUCUCUGUCUGACCAAGGUCAUCUAUUACAUUUGCCACAUGUCAAAGAGGCUUUGAUACCUGCUCUGUCUGAUCAGGAAACUGAAGAAUCAUUGUUAUCCCCCUCAGAAGAUACACAACACCCACCAUCUUCAGCUAGUGCUCAGAUUCAGGAACCUUCUCUAUCUACCCUAGGGCCUCAAGAGCCUCUGAAACUUUCCAUAUCUGUCUGUGACUCUCUGUGUCCUUUUCCAUCUUCCCUAGAGUCUGAGACUGUAGAGCUUUCCACAUCAUCUCCUGAGUGUCUGGAACCAUCACAAUCUGCACAAGGGGAACCAGAAUAUUUUUCAACUGUAGGAAAGACUAUAGAACAUUCUUCAACAGCCUCACAAACUACAAGAAAAUUGUCCUCACCCCAAGAGUGUGGAGGGCAUUUAUCAUCUGCCCCAAGUGUUCAGGAACUUUUCCAAUCUGGCCCAGUGAAUCUAGCAACUUUCCUUUCUCCACAAGGGCCCCAGAAACCCUUUAAAUUGACUCAAGGGUUGUUGCAUCCUCCAGCAUCUGCCCAAGAGUCUCAAGGACCUUCUGAAUCUUCCCAAGAUGUUGUGGGAACUCAUGAAUCCUCUCGGAUUCAUGAAUAUUUUUUACCUGAAGUAGAGUCUGUGGAAACUUUUACAUCAGUUUCAGGGACUAUAGUAACCUCACCAUCUGCUCUACAAGCUCUGGAACUUUCUUCAUUACAACAUGUGACUUCAGCAAUUUCUCUAACUGACCAAAGGGUAGUGGGACCUAGACCACCUUCACAAGGAGCUCUAGAAGUGUUGUCAUUGGCAGAAGGGACCCUAGAAACUUUGGCAUCUUCCCAAGGGGAUGGAAGAAAUUCUCAGUUAGAAAAAGAUACUGUGGAGCAGUCUUUUCCAGUACAGGGCAUUUUAAAAUCAUUGCCACGUACAACAGGAGUUCUACGAUCUAAUCUAUAUGCCCAUAAAGUACCAGAAAUAUUGACAUCUACCCAAAAGGACUACCUGUCUCCUAAAUGCUCUUUGGUACUGCCCAUAUCUGCAAAUAGGACUCUUGAGAAUUUGCAAUCUGAUCAUGAACUUACAAAACAUUCCAAUUCUUUUCAGGAAGCUUCUAGACACUCUCUGUUUGUCCAAGAUCCUCUGCAAGAUUCACCAUCUGCUUCAGAGACUCUGAGACCAUCUUCUAACCAAGGAAUUAAAAAGUCUUUAUUGUCUUCCCCAGGUGCAAUGAAACCUUCAUCAUCUGCACCAGAUGGUAAUAAAUCUCUCCAAACUACUCUAAGGAAUCGACCAACUCGCCUAUGUAAUCAAGGACAUUGGGAAAAUUCUAUGUCUCUCCAGGGUACACUGGGUUCUUUCUCAUCCAGAUCAGGGUCUGUAAAAUGUUCAGCAUCUUCCCCAUUGAUUCUGGGUUCACCAGCAUCUUUCCAAAGUAAACCAGAACACUUGUUUUGCACAGAUACAUCACCAUCUUUCCAAGGGCCUACAGAGCCUUUGUCAUUUCCUUCUGGGACUACAGAACAUUUACAACAUGGCACAAGAUCUCAUGCAUCUUCUUUAUCAGCAUGCAAAGAUCUAGCACAUUUUCUAUCUGACCAACUUUACAUAUCUACUCAGGGAACUCUAGCUUCUUCACCAUAUAGCCCCAAAUCACUACAACAGUCAGAAUCUUCCCAAGAGAUGUUGGGACCAUCCAAGUUUGAUGAGUGCACACAUAGCCAUAUGUCUUCUGUACCAGAUAAUUUGGGAAUGUCUCCAUUUGUCCCAAUGAUUACAGACACAUUGCCACAAACCACAAUGACUCCAGGAUUUUCCUCACUAACACAAACAAGUCCAGUUCCAUCCCUAUCUUUACAAAAAGAUGAUGAAUGUUGCCUAUCUUCACAAGUAACUCUAGAAGUGAACACAUCAGGGCAGGACACUCUGAAACCUUCACCAACUACUCAAGUUCCUGAGAAAGCUUCCCUUUAUAGAAAACCCACUUUGGUAAAGCCCACAGGGGCACAGAGUACUGAAGGACAUCCAACUUCUAAGUCAGGGACUAAUCAAAGUACCCAGAAGGAACUAGGUGUUUCUUCACCUGCUCAAAGGCAGCUGGUAAUUUCUUUAUCUACACAAGGAACUCUACAAUCUUGUUCAUCUGACCAAGGGCCUCUGGGGACUUCCCUAUCUGUCCAAGGGUCUCUAAAACUAUCUACAUUAGCACAAGGAACUGUAGGAACUCUGGAUCCUUCUAAAAGGGCUUUGAAACAUCCAAUUUCUUCCCAGGAGUCUCCAAAAUUUUAUUCAUCUGCCCAAGAUACUGUCCAAAGUUCAGCGUCUUCCCCUAGGACUACAGGAUCUUUCCAAUCUAGCCAGAAACCUCGAGGAUCCUUUUCAUCUUCACUAGCACACAUAGAACAUUCACCACCUGCUCCAGGUGCUCAGGAAAAUCCUUUAUCUAAUCCAAGGACUCUAGAUCCUUUGCUUUCUUCUAAAGUGCCUAAGGAACUCUCCACAGCUACAGAGGAAAUGUUGCCUGUCCUAAGUUCUUUGUCAUCUAUCCAAAGGCCUUCAAAACAUUCAGGGGUUUUGAGACAACACCAACAUUCCCAGAAUACCUUGCAGCAUUUGUCAUGUGUGAGAGAGGGUGUGGAAACUUCUCAGUCUGCUACAAGGACUAUAGAAGUUUUGCCACCACCUCUAAUGGCUAGAGGACAUUUAACUUCUAUCCAAGAAUCUGCAGAAUCUUUCCCUUCUGGCCAAGGGAAUCUAGAACCUUUGAAACCUGCCCAAGGGCCUCUGAAACAUGUUAUGGCAUCCCAGGAAAUGCUGCAUUCAGCACAAUUUGCUGAAGGGACUUUACAAAUUUCUGCACCUUUUCAAGCAGUUCCACAGCCAUAUACAAAUUCCCUAUCUACCCAAGUGACUAGGGGAGCAUUCUCAUCUGUAUCAGGGCAUCCGGGUCUCCUGUCAUCAGCACAAGCAACUCCACUAUCUUCUUGUUCUGAUGAAAAGACUGUGGGAACUUGCCCAUCAUCACAAGGAACUCUGAAAAUGUCCAAAUCUGCACAAGGAACUCUAGAGUCUUCUUCUGAUUCCCACGUCACUGGGGAGUUUCUCUUAUCUGCCAAAGGCACAAUGGGAAAUUUGACAUCUGUAAAACAGACUGUAGGACCUUUUACAUCAAUGACAGGACCUCUGCGGUCUAUCCAAAAUACCCAGGCACUAUUAGGAUCUUUGCAGUCUGGUCAGAGUUCUCUGCAAGUAUCUCAGGCUGCAGAAGGGCCUGUGGAUCCUUCUUUAUUUUCCCAAGAGUCUCUGGACUUAUCUGUGUCUGCACAAGGGACCCCAGUGACAUUGCUGUGUAAUCAAGGAACUACGAAGCACCCUGCUUCAUCCCAAACCUCUCAGAAAACUUCUCAGUCUGUGAAAAAUUCUCUACAGCAUCCACCAUCUGUCCCAGGAUUUCUGAAUCCGUCCCAAUCUGAAAAGAGCAAACUAGGAUCUUUGUCCUCUCCUCCAGGUGCUGGAAUAUCUGUCCCUGGUUCUCAGGAAAUAUUCCAACUUUCUGUGCAUUCAGGAUAUUCUGAACCUUUGCUAUAUUUUGGAUUGCCUCUGAAACUUUCUGUGUGUGCACAGGGAACUCUGUGUCCUUUUUCAUCUCCUCAAGGAGAACUCAAUACUUUACAUUGUGUCUCUGGUAAUCUAGCAACAUCUCAAUCUGACCAAGUGAAUUUUAGCCAUUUAUCAUCUGUCAGAGAGCCUGUGGGAAACUUGCCAACUUUCUCAGGUCCUAGAGAGCCUUCACCAAUCAACGAAGUGCCUAGAAGACUUUCAUCACAUGUCCCAGGUGAUCCAGCAUCUCUAAUCUCUGCUCAUCUGCCUUUAGAACUUAAAGUAUCUGCUCAGUGUUCACUGAGUCCAUCAGCAUCUUCAAAAGGAACUCUAGGGUCCUUGUUGUCUUCUGCAGACAUCCAAGGAAAAGUCCAAAAUACACAUAAUUAUCAUGGGCAAUUGUCACAUAUAAGAGAAACAUUGGAAACUUCUCCAACUCAUAGAGGAAUUUCAGUAUACCAACCUCAUCCUCAGGAGACUCUGGGACUUUACUCCUUAGGCCAGGGUAGUCAAGCAACUUCUCAAUGUGCUCAAGAAACUGUGGGUUCCCACCCAUCUACACAAGAGUCUAUGGGACUGUCCACAUCUGCACAAAGGAGUCUAGGACAUCAUCUACCUGCCCAAGGGCUCUCGGGCUUUUCCUCACAUACACAAUGUACAUGCUCACAGUCCACUUCUACACAGACCACAGUAGCAUAUUCAUCAUCUACCCCAGUGUCUCAAGGAUAUAGCCAGCAUGCCAAAAAGAUAGUAGAAACUUUGAAUUCUGCCCCAGGGUCUCCAAGAAUUUCUGUCACAGCACAGGGGUCUGUAGAACCCUUGCUAUCUCCCCAGAAGUCCCCAGGAUAUUCAUUAUCUAUACCAAGUACAUGCAAAACUUCUACAGGUACCAGAGGACAUGUGGUAUCUGAUUAUGGGCCUCUGGAACUUUCCAUAUCUGCCCAGGCAAACUUGAGUCCUUUCCAUUCUUCCCAAUGCCUUUUGGAACCUUCUCUGUCUGUAGAAGGGAAUUUUGGUCUCUCUACACCUAUGCAAGCCAAUCUAGAGCCCACUGUUUCAUCCCAGGGACCUCUUGGAUCUUGGCAGUCUUCCCAAAGGGUUCAGCAAACAGAUACAUCUGCUUCAGACUCUUUAGGAUCUAUGUCUUCAAAAGGGCAAAUGGUCAUUUCUUUAUCUGGGCAAGGGACUCUAGGGCCUACAUCAGUGUCCCUAGAGCCAUUGGAAAUUUCCUUAUCUGUUCAAGUGAGUUCCAGACCUUUAUUAUCUUUACAAGUAGCUGGGGGAACUUGCCUUUCUUCACAGGGAAGAAAGACUCAGGAAGUUUCUACCUGUGCACAUGGAAAUCUAGUGUUAUCCAAUUCCUCAAGAGGGGAUUUGGGAUCUUCAUCAUCUACUCCAGUGACUCUAGGAUCUUCUCCACCUGCCAAAGUAGAUUUAGGAAUGUCUCCAUCUGUUUCAUGGACUCUGAGACCUCCUGUGUCUUCCCAAGGUGUUCUAGGAACAUCUACAUCUGCCCAAGAGGUUUCAUCAGCUAGUCAGGGGAAAACAGAACCUAUGCCAUAUGCCCAAGAUGAUAUGGGACUCGGGUCUCUUUCCCUGGGAACUGAAGGAAAUUCCCAAUUUUCAAAGGGGGAAUUAAAAGUAUUGUCAUCUGCACAAGGGUGUUUUAAACCUGCUCUGUCUACCCCAGGGCCUGUAGAAAAAUUGCCAUAUGCUUCAAGGACACCACAGCUUUUCAGUUCUGUACUCCAAGAUGCUGGGAGCUUUCCUUUAUCCUCCCAAAAUAACUUAAAACUGUCCAGAUCUUCACAGAAGCAUCUAGAAUCUUCACCAACUCCCCAAAUGUCUCUGAAACAUUCUCCAUCUUCCCAAAAGUCUCUGAUACCUACCCCAUCUGAACCAGGUACUCUGGAACAUUCCCUACGAUACCAAGGGUGGCAGAAAGUAUCUGCACCUGCAAAAGUGACUCCAGGACAGACACCAUAUCAGAAGGUGUAUGAAGGAAAUUCAUUAUCUGCUCAAGGAACUGUGAGAUUGCCUAUAUCAGGGCAAGAGUCUCUAGGACAUUGCUCAUUUGACCAAGGGUCUCCAGAAUCAUUCACAUCUUCCAACAAAGUGCAAGACCCUUCGUAUAAUCAAGGAUCUGUAGCAAAGUUCCCAUCUGUCCCAGGAGGUACACAUUCUCUCUCUGCCCAGAGAAUACUGCAAAAUUUGUCAUCUUCCCAAGUUACUCUAGAAACAUCAUCUUCUCUCCAGAAAGAUAUAGAAGGUUCAUUAGAUGUGCAUGGUGCUCAACAACUUCAACCUCAUUCCCCAGGGUAUCUGGGACAUUCCCAAUGUACUCCAAAGUUAUCAGAAACUUUGUCAUCUCCCCAAAUGGUUCUUAAAUUUUCAGAAUCUUCAUCUAUGACUCUAGAAACUUUGCUGCCCUUACCAGGAACUCUGGGACAUUCGACAUCUGCCCAAAGUACUCUGUUCCCUUCUGAUUCUGACCAACAGAUUCUGGAAUCAUCAUCAUCUGUCCAAAAACCUGUUCAAUUUUCUCCAUCUUCUAAAGGUUCACUGAGACAUACUCCAUCUGUACUAGAGGCACCCCAAUCUUUAUUAUCAGCCCCAUUGUGCCCAAAAUUGUCUUUAUCUGACCAAGAGUUUCUAGGAUCUUCACCACCUCAAAAAGGGUGUUCAGGAGAUUCAUUAUCUGUGCAAAGGACUCAUGGAACUUCCAUAUCAGCACAAGAGUUUGUAGGAUAUUCAAAAUCUGUUCAAGAGUCUCCAGAAAUUUUCACAUCUUCCCAAGAGGAUCUAGGCCCUUCUUUAGCCCAAGAGGCUUUAGUACAUUCACCAUCUAUUCUACAAGACUGUGGACUUUUUAAAUCUUCAAAAGAUACUCUAGGAACUUCAAUAUCUACACAAGGUGCUAGGAAAACACCAUCAUCAGUCCAAAAAUCUAUAGUAACUGUACCAUCAGCUCAAAAUGUUGUAGGAAUUCAGAGGCCUCUAGGUACUUCCCAGUUUGCUUCAGAGACAUCAGAACCAUCUUCUGAAGAGAUUUAUAGUACUUUGAAAUCUAUCAGAAGUUCUAUAAAAACUUUGGCAUCUCUUUUAGAGAUACUGAGAUUUUUAACAUCUGCCAAAGGUGCAGCAGGCCCUUCUAUAACUGACCAAGUGAUACUGAGAACACCAACAGUUUCCCACAAAGCUCUGGAAUUUUCUCCAUCUGACCAACAGUCUGUGAAAUCUGCCUCAUUGCAAAUAGGGCUUGAUAGAACUUCACUGACAGACAAAGGUUUACAGGAAAUGUCUUCGGGUGAAAAAGUGACUUUACAAGAUUCACCACUACAGCAAACCUGUUCAGGAAAUGCAUUGUCUACACAAGGGGCUCUAGGACUGUCCAUAUCAGCACAAGAAUAUCUUGGACAUUCACCAUCUGUUCAUGGGUCUCCUGAUACUUCCUUGUCAUCUGAAGAGGCUUCAGGCACUCGUGUGGACCAAGGGCCUUUAGGACCGUCAUUAUCAUUAUCAUUAUCUGAUCUAGGAGAUCUUGGAUUAUCUGAAUAUUCACAGGGGCCACUAGAAACAUCACCAUCUACCCAUAGCACUCUAGAAAUACCAUCUUCUACCCAUGGGAUUAUAGAAACUUCACCACCUGCCCAAGAUUCUCUAGGACAUCUGCCUCAUUCAGUGCAGAUUCUCCAACAGGCUCCCCUUAUGCCAGAAACAUUAGAACCUUUGUCAUCUACUGAAGAGGGUUGUAAUAUAUCAGACUCUUUCCCAGGAACUUCAGAAACUUUUCCAUCUACCCCAGGAUCUCUGGAAAUUUCACUCUCUGCCCAAAGUACUAUGGGACCAUCUGUAUCUGAAAAAGAAAUUUUAGGACCAUCAGUAGUAUCUCUGGAGGAAUUUCUGGGACCUUCUCCUCCUGACCAAGGGUUUCUGAGACCUACUCCAUCUACAUCUGGGACUGUGUCACUCUCCCCCUCAGAACAAUGUUGUCAGGAAAUAUCUUCAGGUGUACAAGGAGAUUCAUCAUCUCAGCAAGGCUAUGUAGGAAAUUCAUUGCAUUCACAAGAGACUCUGGGACUGUCCACAUCAGCACAGGAAUCAUUUGGACAUUCACCAUCUGCUCAAGGAUCUUUAGAUACUUCUUUUUCAUCCCAAGAGAGUCUAGGCCCUUCUUUGAACCAUGGGCCUUUAGGACAUUCAUCAUCUUAUCCAGGAAAUCUUGGUCUUUCUGAUUCUGAUCAGGGGACACUAGAAAUUCCACCAUUUACCCUAAGUAUUUUAGAAAUAUCAUCUUCUAACAAUGGGCUUACAGAAACUUCAACAACCUCCCAAGAUUCUUUAGUACAUCUGCCUCCUUCAGUGCAGACUCUGCAACCAUCUCUUACACCAGAGACCUCAGAACUUUUGCCAACAGCCAAAGAGGUUUGUAAGACUUCAGAAUCUGUGUCAGGUACUCAAGAAUCUUUUCCAUCUUUGUUAGAGGCUCUAAGACAUUUGAAUUCUGGCCAAUGUACUCUGGGUCCUUCAGUAUGUGACCAAGGGACUCUGGAGCCAUCAACACCUCUCUGUGAUACUCUUGAAAGCUCCAAACCAUCCCAAGGGGUUCUAGAACCUAUACCAUCUACCCAAGAAGGUGUAAGACCUUUCUUUUCAAUGGAGUUUUUGGGACUGUCCAUUUGUGAACAUGAUGACUUUAUUCCUAUUCCUUCUCAUGAUGACUGCCUGAGAUAUUCCUCUUAUCCCAAUAAAAGUCAUAGACUUUCCAAUCCUACCAAAAAUAUAGCGAGACAUGCUCCAUUUCCUGAAGGAAACAUCAGAUACUCACUUUCAGAUCUUGAUGCCUUAAGAUCAUUGACUUCUGCCAAAAGUAGGUUCACAUCUUCUAUAUAUGUCAGAAAGGACUCAAGUUCUACCUCUCCUCCUCUUCAGAGGGUCCCACCCCCAGCAUCAUCAGAAUUGAACUUCAGAUCUAGGUUCCCUAACAAAGAAGAUCUCAGAUGUUCUUCCUCUCCACGAGGUGACUCCAGACAUUCAAAAUCAAAGAAAACAAAAUCAAGACAUGCUUCUAAAGAAUCACACCUCAAAUCUGUCCCAUCAGAAGACAAAGGCUUGAAAUUUCACCAUUCUUCCAAAAAGGGAGGCAGAGCUUCUGUUUCUAACAAAGUUGGUGCAAGACUUAAAACUGAGCCUGAAGAGAGCCUCACUACUACUUCUGCCAAGGGAGGUUGUAGAUCCUCACGAUCUCAUGAGGAGUGCCUCAGAUAUUCUUCAUCUUCCCAAGGCAUCCCUAGACGAUCCAGAUCUACCAAAACCAAAUUGGAAGAGGCCUCCUCUAACAAAGCAGAUGUUCAUGCUUCCCAUACAGAACAUGAGGGCUCCUUACUUCUACUUCUUCUACCAGGACAAGACUCAGACAUUCCCCUUAUACUCAAGAAGUCAUCAAAACUUCUACUGAAUCCCAAGAAAGCUUCAGGUCAUCUCCAGAUGGAGGCAGUCCUAGUGGAAGUGUCAAGUCUUUCUCAGCACCCCAAAACAAUGAUGUCAAACAUCCUGUUUCUACAAAGGAGGACUUUAAACACACUCUUUAUGUCCAAGAGGGACAAAAACCUUCCACUGGUGCCAGAGAGGGGAGCAGGGACUCACUGGGUGCUCAGGCACAUCUCUUCUGAACCAGGAUGCAGAAUGCACUCCACUAAUUCUCAAGCAGGCUACAGCACCACCACUACAGAACCAGAGCUCUUCCAAAUGGAUGUAUGGAUGAAGGGAGCUUUUGACCUCUUCUUCAGUACUGGAGGGUCUCAGAUUUUCCCCAAUGGCCCAGAUUCAGCUAAAGAUAAGGACAUCCUAAACUAUGAAGAAGAGUUAGAUGGUGAGGCAAUUCUAGGAGCUUAUGAGGUAUUCCAUAGAGUGAGGACAUUUGGACCUGAUAAGAUAUUGGCUGAUCCUUUUUCUAGUUCCCAAGAAUCCCAUAGAAACAACGUCAUCCCAUGGCAGCUGGAAAUAAUUCUAGAAGACGACAUACCCUCUCCCAGGUCUGAGCAGCUGAACAUAUGCUUGAAAAGGAGAACCAGCUUGGGACUCUCAUGCAGACUUUUUGGAAAAUACUCAGACUGCUGCCUCACCUUACCACACAUUCACUACAGUGGACAGAUGUUUGAGUAUCUUGUGAAGAGCUGGAGGCUCAUAAGGCAGUUCCUGGAAAGGGCUCCUCUGUAUGAGGUGGGUUGGGACCUUGAUCUCAUGUCAAGCAGUGGGUAUGCUGAUUUCUAA